ACGAAAAAUUGUAGACGGAUUAGAAGCAGAAAAGAAAACACAGUGAAAAAAAACCAAUUAAUAGAUUUAAUUCUUCAUAAAACAAGUGUGUAAUAUAUUUAUUAAUUUUAUAAAUAAACAAAUAUUUAAACAUAUUACUUUAACAAUAACAUUAAAUUACAACAAAUAAACAAAAUUUCAAAGUGAAAACGAAAUUUUACACAAUAGCAGAACAAAGAGACUACAAAAAAGAAAAAAAGGCCGUCAAAAAUCCAAGUAGAAAAAUCGUGAAAAAAGGUGGUGGUAGUAGAGCAAAAGUGAUAAAAAAACGAAAAAUAAAAGUGUUUAAUUAAGAAAAAUUUAUAAUAAUUAAACAAAUAUCAUAUAAAUUUUAUAGUGAAUUAAGAGAAAAUAUCAUUUAAAAGUGAAUUUAAGCCAAAACUUUGAAAUUUAAUUAUUUGUUUUUAUAAAUGGCACAAAGUGCGUCGUAGUUGUAACUUGCUGGAAAAAGAAAAAAAGGAGCUACCAAAAAAAAAUAAAUUUUUCAUAUUUAUAGCCUUAAAAUACCCCCCUCAAAAAAAUAGUGGUAGAGUGUAGGUGCUGUGCUGUUGUUUCUUUUAGCUUUUAUUAUUGCUGUCAUAGGUUUGGUUAACUGCUCCACAACCUCCACAGCUAGAAGCAAAAGGACAUACAUAAGUCAUUAUAGGUAUCCAAUUACUUUUCAAGUACACACGCACUAUUAGAGGAUAUUUUAUAUAGGUACUUGUACAAUUUUAGUAAUUGUUGCUUGUUUUUCGAUAAAAAUAUUUGACAGCAGCUUCUACUCUACUGCUAUUCCUACUGCUUCAUGUUUUCCAACAUGGCCAACACUUUGGAGGAACAACAAAGUUUACGCGAAUGCGAAAAUUAUAUACAAUCUCAUGGUAUACAACGUGUUCUUAAGGAUUGCAUUGUACAGCUGUGCGUCAGUCGCCCCGAAAAUCCCAUACAGUUUUUGCGACAGUAUUUUCAAAAAUUAGAAAAGGAACAAGUUAAACUUGAUGCCACUAAACAGGUUACCAGCCCUGACGAUUGUGAAGAUCUCAGUCCAAUGCCACAAACACAUGCCCCACCAGUUAGACGACGUGGCGGCAUUUCAGCCGAACCAGUGACUGAAGAGGACGCAACCAGCUAUGUGAAAAAAGUCGUACCAAAAGAUUAUAAAACAAUGGCUGCUCUCUCGAAAGCCAUCGCCAAAAAUGUAUUAUUCUCACAUUUGGAUGAAAACGAACGUUCCGAUAUAUUCGAUGCCAUGUUUCCCGUAACACAUCUAAUGGGUGAAAAUAUAAUACAACAGGGCGAUGAGGGUGAUAAUUUCUAUGUCAUAGAUCAGGGUGAAGUUGAGGUAUUUGUCAAUUCCGAAAUGGUAACUACUAUUGGCGAAGGUGGCAGUUUUGGUGAAUUGGCUUUGAUCUAUGGUACCCCAAGAGCUGCUACAGUACGUGCCAAAACCGAUGUUAAAUUAUGGGGUAUUGAUCGUGACUCAUAUCGUAGAAUUUUGAUGGGUUCCACUAUUAGAAAACGUAAAAUGUAUGAGGAAUUCUUAUCGCGUGUUUCUAUAUUGGAGAGUCUGGACAAAUGGGAACGUUUGACGGUGGCCGACGCUUUGGAACUUGUUAAUUUUGAAGACGGCGAAACAAUUGUUAAACAGGGAGAACCUGGUGAUGAUUUCUAUAUCAUUGUUGAAGGCUGUGCUGUUGUUUUACAAAGACGUGCUGAGCAAGGCGAUGAACCUGCCGAAGUUGGCCGUUUAGGCACCAGUGACUAUUUCGGUGAAAUUGCAUUGUUGCUAGAUCGUCCACGUGCUGCUACAGUUGUUGCCAGAGGUCCCUUGAAAUGUGUGAAGUUGGAUAGAGCGAGAUUUGAACGUGUUUUGGGACCCUGUGCGGAUAUUUUAAAACGCAACAUUACUCAAUACAACAGUUUUGUUUCAUUGUCUGUUUAAAUCCAGAUAUUUGAAGAAAAACUCUAACACAAAGA